UUACAAGAUAUUCCCGGAUCAUCCUCGAAUGAAAUUAAUAUGGAUUUUCCAAACAAACACAACAAUAAGGAUCAAUUUGUGUCAUCUUUGAUUUGAUUUUCUAGCCGAUCAAUUCAGGUAUCGAAAAUGAGCACCGGAGAACUUAUGAACAUCGAACCUCGCGAGCUCAAAUUCGCCUUCGAGCUCAAGAAACAAAUUUCUUCUUCCCUCACGUUGUUUAAUAAGUCGGAUAAGCAUGUCGCGUUCAAGGUGAAGACAACGAAUCCGAAAAAGUAUUGUGUCCGUCCCAAUACUGGUGUUGUUCAGCCUGGAUCGACAUGCGAUAUUACAGUUACAAUGCAAGCACAAAAAGAGGCUCCGCCUGACAUGCAAUGUAAGGACAAAUUUCUCCUUCAAAGUAUUGUUGCAAGUCCUGGAGCAGAUGCCAAAGACAUUACACCCGAAAUGUUUUCAAAGGAAGCUGGGCAUGUUGUCGAGGAGUGCAAACUGAGAGUGGUAUAUGUAGCUCCCUCCAAUCUACCAUCAUCUGUGACAGAGGGAUCAGAAGAAGGAUCUUCACCAAGGGCAUCAAACAUGGAUUUGGGGAGUAGGAACCAGUCUGAGGUGAAGGCAUCACAUAGAUCUUUUGUUGAUUCUCCUGACAAAUCUCCUGAGGUACGAACUCUUAUGUCGAAGUUAAAUGAAGAAAAAACAACUGCAAUUCAACAGGGUAACAAGCUUCGACAGGAGCUGGAACUACUGAUGCAUAGUAGUGGGACUAGAAGUCAAGGUGGCGUCUCUGUCAAGUUUGUGGCAAUUGUUGGAUUGAUUAGCGUACUUGUGGGCUACCUGAUGAAGUGAACAUAGCCAUUUGUAUUGUAUUCAUAAGAAAAUUUCAAAUUUCCGAUUCCGAUUGUUUUUCAAACCAUAAACUAUUGAUGUAGAACAUACAAGAGUCAUUGAUAGAUGUAUUUUAA